CCCCCUUUUUCUGUUUCCGGCCCGGUCAUGGCAGCUGGAUGCAGGAAGCAACUGUUUUCAGAAUAGAUAUAAACAACAAGAAGGAAAUUAUAGUUUCGAAAGACGCUCUUUAAGGAGUAUUUGCGGACUUACUUUUGCUUUCUGGCGCCUUGAAAUAUGGCUACGACAGCUCAGUUAUUCGAGGAGCCGUUUGAUGCUGAUGAGUAUAUUGAGAGACUGGCAUGGAGAACACCUGGAGGAGGUUCCAAAGGAGGUGCGGAGGCGUUUGACCCCAAAAAGUUGCUGGAAGAGUUUGUGAACCACAUUGAGGAACUAAAACUGCUGGAUGAAAGAAUCCAAAGGAAGGUGGAGAAGUUGGAGCAGCAAUGCCACCGGGAAGCCAAGGAGUUUGCCCACAAGGUCCAAGACCUGCAGAGGAGCAACCAAGUAGCUUUCCAGCACUUCCAGGAGUUAGACGAGCAUAUCAGUUACGUGGCCACCAAGGUGUGUCACCUGGGAGAUCAGCUGGAAGGAGUCAAUACACCAAGACAGAGGGCAGUGGAGGCUCAGAGACUCAUGACAUACUUUAACGAGUUCCUGGAUGGAGAGCUGCGUAGUGAUGUCUUCAACAAUCCUGACAAGAUAAAAGAAGCUGCAGACAUCAUUCAAAAGUUGCACCUGAUAGCUCAGGAGCUGCCGUUUGAUAGAUUUUCUGAUGUCAAGGCCAAGAUAGCAAGUAAAUAUCAUGACCUUGAGCGUCAGUUAAUCCAGGAGUUCACCGCAGCUCAGCGACGGGGAGAGAUUGGACGCAUGCGUGAGGUGGCAGCAGUCCUGCUACAUUUUAAGGGUUAUGCCCACUGUGUGGAUGUCUACAUCAAGCAAUGCCAAGAGGGAGCGUAUAUACGGAAUGAUGUAUUUGAAGACAUUGCUGUUCUGUGUCAGCGGGUUAAUAAGCAGGUUGGGGAGGUCUUCUGCAGUCCAGAGACUGUCAUGGCCAAACUGAUUCAGAGCAUCUUUGAGAACAAGAUACAGGCUCAUGUUAAAGAAAAACUAGAUGAGACCCGCAACUCUGAUGUGGAGCAAUACCUCAAGAACCUCUAUGACCUCUAUACACGGACAACGGCACUGGCUGCUAAACUCACAGACUUCAACUUGGGCUCAGACAAGCACACAUUUCUAUCUAAGCUGAUAAAGAAUAUCUUCUCCUGUUAUCUGGAGAGCUACAUAGACAUGGAGCGACAAUAUCUGCAAAACCGCAGCGGCAUGAUUCUUCAGCGCUAUUAUGACUCUAAGAACCACCAAAAACGCCCUGUAGGCACUGGAAGUAUCCAGGAGCUGAAAGAGCGGAUCAGACAGCGCACUAACCUGCCGCUGGGACCUAGUAUUGACACACAUGGAGAGACUCUCCUCUCACAAGAGGUUGUUGUCAACCUGCUACAGGAAACCCGGCAUGCCUUUGAAAGAUGCAACAAGUUGUCGGAUCCAGCAGAUCUACCAAAAAAUGCCUUCUCCAUUUUCCUGAUUUUGGUGGAGUACCUGUGUGUGGACCAUAUAGACUACGCUCUUGAGAUUGGGCUGUCAGCCAUCCCAUCGGCGGAUGCCAAAAAUGCCAACCUCUACUUUUUGGAUGUGGUUCAACAGGCCAACACAAUCUUUCACCUCUUUGAUAAGCAGUUUAACGAUCAUCUUAUGCCUCUUAUUAGCUCCUCUCCUAAGUUGACGGAGUGCCUGCACAAGAAGAAAGAGGUGAUCGAACAGAUGGAGGUGAAGCUGGACACCGGGAUUGAUCGGACACUAAAUUGCAUGAUAGGCCAGAUGAAGCAAAUCCUGGCGACUGAACAGAAGAAAACUGACUUCAAGCCAGAAGACGAGAACAAUGUCAUGAUACAGUACACUACAGCAUGCUCAAAGGUGUGUGCCUAUGUGAGCAAGCAGGUGGAGCGUGUGCGGAGGUCCAUGGAUGGUAAGAAUGUGGACACGGUUUUGACCGAGCUGGGUGUGCGCUUCCACAGGCUGAUCCAUGAGCACCUGCAGCAGUUCAGCUACAGCUCCAUGGGUGGCAUGCUUGCUAUCUGUGACGUGGCAGAAUACCGUCGCUGCGCCAAAGAUUUCAGGGUCCCUCUGGUGCUCCAGCUGUUUGACACGCUUCACGCUCUGUGUAACCUCCUGGUCGUCGCUCCGGACAACCUCAAACAGGUGUGCUCUGGAGAGCAGCUGACCAACCUGGACAGGAACCUCCUCCACGCUUUCGUUCAGCUGAGAGUAGACUAUCGCUCCGCCCGACUGGGCCGGCAUUUCAGCUAAUGACUGACGGGGCUGUCCCAUCACCGCACUGCCGUCCGUUCAGCGCUGCCAGAAACACAAGUGGCCAAACUAGAGUGUCUUUGUCAAUGAUUCAGUGUGGAAAUUAAACUUUGUGUUUAAAGAACAAAAGAGCAACUGUUUCAAAGCCCAACACGUCCCAGGUUGCUCCGUUUUAAGUUAACCCUUUUUGUUCUACAUGCACGUUUUAAUGCGAGCAUAUAGCGUUUCAUCUCAGAUUUGCUCAUAUUUUGUUCAUGAUUUUAAACAUUUCAGAGGAUAAAUAAGAGUAGAUGGAUGUUUUGUACAUUUUCCUUGUGUUUCUGGCUUCUAAUGGAGAGAGGAUGAUGGUAGAUGAACUGAGGUGGACCACUCGAAUGGACUUGGGUGGUCAAGAGACUCCAUUUUUAUUUGCUUUUAUUUUGAUUAUGCCAAAUCCAUCCUCUUCUGGGACGAAAGGGGCGGUCCAGCACGCUGCUCUGGAUCAAUGAGUUUGUCCAGCUCAUUUCACUCAGGCUCUUGUGCACACAUAGGGCUUCACAGAGAUGACAGUUACUGUUUUGAGUUGAACAAUGCAGGUGUUAUACAAAUGUUCAUUUCAUUUCCUAAAUUAAUGUCACACUCUUACAAAUACAAUUGUUUUAAACACGAGUACAUGAACUAGUUUAGUUUUAAGAUUCAUUUAGAGCUGUUUAAUGCUGAAUCCUGUCGAUGAAAUUACAUUAGAAUGGCGUUUUAAUUUCUGGCUGAUUUACAUGCAAACUUCCAAAGCUGGCCUUUCCCCGUGUGCUCAAUGCUAAAAUAAUAACCUCAUACAUGAAAUACAAUGUUUCUGAGAUGUAAAUGAUAAUUAUUGCAUCUGUGCUAACAACCCUGCUGCUCACUAAAAUCAAAGUAAUAUUUGCAUACACUCAUAUAGCAUUCACAUAAUUAAUGAAGAAAUGAUUGGCGCACAGCACAAUAUGAGGCAAACAGCUUUGAGAGUUGUAUGAGGUUUCAAAGGGCUGAGGUCACAUGGUGUCGGGAUUUUGCUCUGAUUCUUUCUUUGCUUUUUGUAUUCUGACAUUGUAUGGUCACAAACUAUUAAUCCAAGAGAGUUUCAUCUGACAGGGCAGGGGUGUGUUGAAUGCAGUUAUGUCAUAUGACUAGUUGAACUAACCCUUAACCUCUGUUGAAGAGGCAGGGGUCACGAUCUGUGACCUCUAGGCAUGACCUAGGUGUGCGAGUGGUAGAAAGGAUUAGGUGAUUCUGUUAUACUGUACUGAUUUCAAACAUGAAUUUAUGUCAAAAUGAUGCUACAUAUGAGCUGAUUCCUCUGUACAAGCUGCUCAUUAUAAUCAGUUAUUUCCAUAAAU